GUAACAGGUUUCACUGGAGCGCAGUGGGUAGUGCCUUUAGAGAAUGGAGGUCAAAGUCUGCGUGAAACGCUCGGGAAUGUGAUACCAUCAGAACUGCAGCAGUUACAUCAGUCUGCGGCAAGAUUGAGUACAAAUGAAGAUGGAAAGUUGUGUUUUUUGGAUAUUGUCAAUCACAAAGUACAGGUAAUGCUGUUUAGUUGA